AUGGGUGUUCAACAUUUAUGGAGCAUUUUAGAACCGUCAAAAACAGAAGAAAAUAUUGCGAACCUUCGUGAUAAGACAUUGUGUAUUGACCUAAGUCUCUGGAUAUGCGAAGCUCAGGGAACCAAAGGUUUAAAAGAUCAGCUGAAACCAUAUUUACGCAACGUUUUCUUUCGCACUUUGUACUUGGCGAGUCUUGGUGUCCGUCCAGUGUUUGUUGUUGAUGGUGUACCCCCUGAGAUAAAGCGAGAGACCAUAGUUAAACGAUUGCAGGCACGUGGUGAACAUGUCUCCAACAAUCCACAAAAAAAACAUAGGAAGUUAAAUAGAUCGAAGUUUACUUUGCAAUGCAAUGAG